AGGAGGAUGUCACACACGGGCGAGCACACAAAGCGUCCACCACACUCUCCGGGGCUUUUUUUGGGGGGUGAAUAAAACGUCUCCAGCAAGUCCCGACAAAACCGACUACAUCGUGAAACUAACGGCUCGUUGAUUGUUCUGGAAAGAAUGUUUUACCUGCGUGGAGGGAACCGCCACGCGACUCCGGGAGAAAUGUUGUAAACGUUUAUUUUAUACCAGCGUUCCACAAGUUAGCGUGAAUCACCGAACCAUAGUUUGUUGGGGAAAGGAGCCAACUGUCGUCCAAGUUCGGAGACUUUGGGAAGGGUGCUGUCCUGUGGGAUGGAUGACACCCAAGAGCAGGACCACUACGAGGAGCGCCUAAAAGAAGUUUUUAACAGUUUUGAUGCCAGCGGCUCCGGCUCUCUGUGCCCGGAGGAACUCUCCGACCUCUGCCUGUCGCUGCAGCUGGAUGAUGCCACACCAGCUCUUCUCCACACGCUGCUGCAGAGCCAGGACCGCCUCACUGCCAGGGUUGACUUUGACCAGUUCAAGAAUGCACUGAUUCUAGUGUUGUCAUCAACUCUUGAGCCACAACAAGAAGAACAGGAGACAUUGUCAAAAGCAGAAUCUCCUGCGAUCCAACCAAAGUUCGUGAAGGGCAGUAAACGUUAUGGCCGCCGCUCCACGCCGGAGUUCAUGGAGCCCAUUUCAGACUUCUCUGAAGUUACAAAUGCAAACACGGUGGCGGAGGAAGAUCUGGAGGAGAACUAUGACUCUGCUGUUCCCCGGAAGCGUGAGCGCUGGAAUGUUCACGAAACAAGCACAGAGGAGUACGAGGCAGAAGGCCAGAUGCAUCUCUGGAACCCCGACGAGCCGAGCACACCCCGGGGAGCCGUCUGUCCUCUGUCGGGCUGCUCAGAGGAGAGACUGCGUGACGCCUGUGACGAGCUGGAGAUACCGUGGGAUGGAUGCGCCGGUCACUCCGAACUCCUCGCGCUCUGUGAACACCUGGGCCUGGAGAUGAAUUUGGAUAUGCUCCAGAGUCUAACCGGCGAUGGAGUGAUGAAUGUUCAGGAGUUUGUCUCCAGGGUUGUAAACCACAACAAACCCCCCACACCGUCCGCCUCCACACCCUACAGACAGCUUAAACGACAUCACUCCACUCAGCCCUUUGAUGAGGGAGGUCGGAGGAUAGUCACUCUUUCUGCUCUGACCAGCACCAUUGGCAUGCGUCUCUUCUCCACCCUUGAUGACGGUACCGGUUUCACUCCAGUCGAAUACAUCCUGGAUGCCUGGAUAGAUGAGGGAAUAGAGAACAGCACUGAGAUCCUGCAGGCUUUGAAUUUCAGCCUAGAUGGAAAACUGAGUCUCAGUGAUCUCACCAUGGCACUUGAGAAUGAGCUACUCCUUACUAAGAAUGGGAUUCACCAGGCGGCACUGGCGAGUUUCAAAGCUGAGAUCCGAUAUCUUCUAGAGCGUGUAGACAGAGAAGUCAGGGAGAAAGAGAAAAUACGAUCUGACCUGGAAAAAGCAGAGAAACUAAAAACUCAACUCUCCACUGAGGUGGAUGAACGUCACUCUGCGAUUGAACAUAUGAACUACCUUGAUCUCAGGAAGCUUGAACAGGACCACAAAGAGAAGCUAGCAACAGUGCGAUCUGAGCUGAUGAAGGAGAUGGACCAGAUGCAGCUGCAGGCCGGCCUGCAGCGCGAGGAACUGGAAGCAGAGGUGGACAAGAUCAGGGAGGAUGAAUCUUUUCUCAGAGACCACCUCUCCAUCUCUGUGAAGGAAAACAGACGCCUUGAAAUGGAGUUGCUAGACAGUACCGACACACUCGUGGAGGCACAAAGCCAAAAUACAAAACUCCAGACAAUUUUGGACAACGUUAUGAAAGAAAAGUUUGGAGACCCUGGCAGUGCAGACUUCUUACUCCAAGAAGACCGUAUUAAAGAACUACACAGCGGCUAUGAAGCUCAUUACAGGGAACUGCAGGAUCGUAUUGACGAGCUGCAGUCAGAGUUGCAGGAGUUCCACAGUCUUGGACGAGUUCAUCCGCCCUGCCACAAGCCCCUCUCUGAAGAGCUGGAGAGUAAAAGCCCCGGCAUGGAGUCUGAUCCAGGUAUUGGUUCAGAGGAGGUUCAGCCCUUCAGCAUCAGCCUUGAGGCAGAGAUGAUGUUGGAGCAGCUGAAGGAGCAACACCUUCAGGAAAUGGAGGAUUUGCAAAACCAGCUGGAAAGCAAGAUCAAUGAAUUUGAUGAGAUGGUAGAUAAGCAGAGGGGGAUGCAUGAGGACCAGAAGGCUGCCAUAGCCCUCCAGUGCCAGCAGGAGGUCCAGGCUUUGAGGGAGGAGAUGGCCAGCGUUCAGAGCCACAGACAGGAGCUCCAGAGCCAGCUAGAGCAGGCGGAGCUGGAGCAGACUUGUCUGGAGCAGAAGCAGGCCGAGGAGAGGGAAGAGCUCGACAAUCUGCAAGAGGAGCAAGUGGGAAAUCUCAGACAACAACUGCUAGAGGCCCACACCUACGCUGCAGACCUGGAGGAGCAGCUGAAGACCCUCGAAGCCCAGCAGACAGAGAUGGAUGAAGAUCUUGUAAAAGAGAUGGACGAGCUGAGGAAACAACACGCCAUUGAGAUCAAGAAACUGGGGGAAGAGCAGGAAGAGCUUUUUAAAGCAAGACUGGAAGAGGAGGGAAAGAAAGCGCAGGAAGAACAGGCUGAGUUGGAGAAGAGAUUGUUGGAUGAUUGCGAAAGGGAGAAAGAGCUUUUGCAACAAAGCCAUGAGGAGGAACUGAAGGCCAGACUAGAGGAGGCAAAGGUGAGGUUUGAGGGAGAGCGUGAGGAGAUUGUUCAGAUGCUGACAGAGCAGUGGCAGAAAGAGAGGGCUCAGCUGGACAAGCAGAACAAUGAGUCUCUGCAGGUGGUGCUGGAGGAAGAGAUGUUGAGACUUGUCAGGGAACACGAAGAGAAGGAGGGCAAGCUCAGGGAGCAGUGCGAGAGUGAAUGUGCCCAGCUUCAGGAGCGUCAGGAGGAGGCUCUGCUCGAUGGAGUACUUCAAGAAAGGUUGCAGGUACAAGAGAAGUUUGAGCAGAGGGAGAAAAAGCUGAGGGAGGAGUGGGAGACAGAGAGGCUGCAACUGGAGGAGGAUUACGUAGGGAUGCUGCAGGAGAGGCUGAACGAAGAGAGGGAGAAGCUCGAGGCUGAGAAAGAGGAGGAGGAGAAGAGAGUAGAAUGCUUAAUGGCAGAGGAGAGGGCUCGUCUAGAGGAGAGCCGCUGUGAGGCCAUGAGGGAGCUGACGGUCAAGCACACCGGAGAGAGGGACGCUCUCAGCAGCAUGUUGGAUAAACUACGAGAUGACAUCGCUCAGGAGAGUUCUGAGGCCAGUCGUCUUGCUGAAGAAAACGUGGUCCUCAGAAAGAAGAUUGCUGCGUUGAAGGAAGAGGACUUAAAAGAGGUCCAGGAGGAGCUGAUACAAACACUUGAGCAUCUGAAAAAAGGGAAGAUUGCGGAUCGAAAGGCGGCAGAGAAACGGAUUUCAGAGCUGCAUCUGCAGAGCCAGCAACUCGGGGAUGAGAAUGGGAUGCUGUCGGAGAAAAAUGCCCAAAGCAUUUCUGACAUGGAGAAUCUACGGCAGCAGCUGGCAGAGCUGAUAAAGGAGAACGAGAGGAGGGAGGCGUUCACCGCGGAAGAGAAAAACAAGCUGGCAGCUUGUGUGUCUGCUCUGGAGGCAGAGCUGACCAAAGCUCUGGAGGACUCUGCACAAGCAGAGCAGAGGAACACCCAGCUGUCACAGCAGCUCUCUGGCCUCAGAGAGAAGGCUGUCAAAGUAGACUCGAUGGAGACUCAGCUCUGCCACCUGGUAGAGGAGCGGAUGAGUGUGGAUAAGGAGACUCUGGGCCUCUGCAGCCAGCUAGCCAAAGCUCAAGAGAGGGUCAAGACAGUGGAUGAAACUCUUCAGGCUGUGAACCAUCAAAGUGCUCGUCUCAAGUCAGAGCUCCGUGUUUCGCAGAAGGAGAGGGAUUCCCUUAAACAUGAAGUUGCAGUGCUACACAAGAAGCUGCAAAAUGUCAAUGAUAAAAACCACGUUUUGGAGAUGGCCUUGCACUCGAGUGGUCUCCAGAGUAAGAGCAAGAAGCUGUACAGAGAGGAGAUGUCUCGGCUGGUGGGCCAGGAGCAGCAACUGCUGAGGCAGGACAACGAGAGGCUUCAGGCUGAAGUCCGCAACGUCAAAGGAGACCUCGUGCAGUCCAGAGACAAGGUCCGUCAGCUUGAUGCUACCAUCCUGUCCCUGAAGCAGCACAAACUGACUCAGUCCUCCCUGGUGAAGGCCUUGGAACAGGAGAACGCCUCUCUGAAGCAGGAGCUCGAGGCACAAAAGGAGCUCACCAAGGGCUGUGAAGCAGGACAAGGACACGCAGAGCUGGAAGACCUUCAACAAGAAAAUGAAGCGCUCAGAGCCCAAAUGGCUCGACUGACCACACAGCUGCUAGAGACAUUUCAGGCUCAGUUGGUGGGACUUCUGCCUCCAUCACCUCACAGGAUGCCUCGGGGACAGCAUCGAGGUGAAGAUCCGGACAACAUGCAGGGGCCGAUGCCGGAGCAGCGGGCGGCUCACGCAGACAGCUACCGGCGGAUCGGUGGAUUGUAACACCAGCGUCUUUCUUUUUCACCUCAAAGACUGCUCCUCUUUUCUCAUACCGGCUCCUCUUCCUCUGCUAUGUUUGGAACCAAAAUCUGACUGUGGCGCCUGAUGCCACCAUUUCUGCAUCCUCAUAGGAGAUUUGUGAACAAAUGUGGUGCCUGAUUGAAAAGGCAUGAAUGUGUAAUUGUAUUUCUCUGCUGCUAGGUGGCAGGAAAACACAGAAGAGGCUCUUGAGAUUUUUUUCAUGCCAUAUCCAAUGUAACAUCAGCAAACACAGAGCGGUUUGUUGACCGUAUUUGACUUUUCUAAGGGUCCAUCCUUUUGUGCAUUAAAAACAUUUUGUAGUUUUAAUACGGGGAAUCUUUUUAACGCAGGGUGUAUUUUCUGGGAAUGUUCUGUUGUGCACUUGUACCAUUUAUCAUUGUCUGAGACAGGGUGUAUACAUCCUCAGAGGCUAAAUCUUGCCUUAUGAUCAUCGAGGAGUGUUAAGUUGAGGUCAGAUUAGUGCCUGACAGCCUUCUGAGCCUUUUCCAACAAUCAAGAAACGUGUAAUUGUCAGUUGACGUUACCGUCUGCGUCCAGUAUGAGAUUUCUUAAUGAAGGUACUGCGUUUUCACUGUUUAUCUUUUGCUGUUUAUGCCUGUAUUUCUUAUCUGACACUACACAUAGUGGAAUGUUUCUUCAAGCUACCUGUUUGUGUUCUGGGACUGUGUGUCUGUGUUGCUGUUGCUGCUGCUGCACAACCAAAGUGAAUCACGUGUGUCUGGGUUAUGUUUUCUGUUCAAACACGUCACACAACUUUGAAUGUUUUUCUGGUGUUUAUUAGGAUGAACCAAAUCAUUGUUUGUCCCCAGUAGUGAUCAGUUAAUGUCAUGUGUGUUAUGAGUCAGUUAGUGAGUCUUCCUUUUUUUUGCACCAUGUAUUGACUCAAAUGUGUUUGUUUUAUUGUUUUGUUAUUUAUUUUAAUAGAAAUCAUGUUAAAAUUUAUUUUAUUUAUGCAUUAAAUUAUUUUUGUAGUUAUCUGGAAUU